UAGUUUUUGAAAAACAAAACUAAAUUUUUGAUUGGAUAGAUUUUAUGUAUCAUGAGCAUAGUUUAAACCAAAACACUGAAGAAUUGGGUACAAAAGGAUGUUUGCAGAGCAGCGUGCCAUAACAAAAUGUAUUUUAACAAAGUAUAGUUUUUUAAAGACUAAAUUAUUUUAAAAAUCAAAAACAGUUAAAAACGAAUUAAAAGUUUAGGAAAAAUGAUUAGUCUUUUAAAUUGAGUAUUUGACAUGCGCAAGUUUUUUCGCGUCAUUAUAAAAGUGUUUGUUGGUUUAUCUUUGGUAUGUCUACUUUUUAAUUACAUGCAUGGCUUCAAUACUUUUUCUUCAAUAAGUUAUCAAUCUUUUCUCUCAAAAAUAAAAAGAAUGCAGUUUGUAAAAGAACCAAAAGUCGAACUGAGCAAAUGUCCUUCGUUUUUUUUAAAUCUUUCAAGUAGACAAAAUGAAAUAAACAGUAAUAGACGAUGCAAACCUAAAAAUUUAUCUGAAGCUGAUUGUAAAGCUGCAAAAAAAUGGUACGGAGUAAGAACGUUUGACUAUUCGUGUCCAAAAAUAAUUUCGUCCCAAUAUAUUUAUGACAUUUGCAAAUUUCGCGACUCGCGUGACUUUAAUCGCGAUAAAUGGAAACUAGACUGUAAUACAAGAAUAUGCGGUAAAAACGUCAUUCGAGUGGGUGUGAUGCAGCCAGAUUAUGGAUUAAUGAUGGACCCAACAAUAUGGUUUACCGCUCGAACAAAUACUGAAAUUCAACGGAUUAUUCGUAGGCUUAUAAAGGAAGCAGAUGAACAUGAUUUUUGUAUUAUUACAUGUGCAAAUCAACGACUUUUCAUUAAGCAAGCAUUGGUUUUACCUCCUCUUAUUAAAACUAAAAAUAAAAAAAUUGAAAACAAAAAAAUGAAUAUAAAUCUUCUUUUACUAGACUCGAUAUCCCGACAACAUUUUUAUAGAUUGUUACCCAAUUCAGUUCAUCAGUUAGAAAAUAUAAGCUCAAAAGUAACUGUUUAUGAUUUUGAACUAUUCCAGAGUUUAGCGCCAAGAACAUUUCCAAAUAUGCGCGCGUUAUUCAGUGGAAUGGUUGACCAGGAUUCGGACGAUGAAAAAAAUAGUUAUGGCAUAGAAUCAUUGUUUGGAAAAUUUAGCAAUAUUGGAUACCAGACCAUCCUUCAAGAAGAUAGUUGCUGGUACGAUCCAUGGGGAGCUAUUAUUACUGAAAAUAAGCAUAAUAUGAAAUUACUUUACAAUACAUUCGAUUACCAAAAUAUUUGGCGUAUUCUUCAAGAAAAACUCGAUCGUUUACCUGUUGAUAGCUAUGGUUUAACCCAUUUGAGUUGCGAAGUUUUUAAGAGCUAUGGAACAACAAACCAAUUUAAUUAUCCAUCUAAAGUUUGUUAUAACGGUUACCACUUACCGGAGUAUUAUCUGAACUACACAUAUAAAUACUUAAAAGCAGCUGAAAAUAUAAACGAGGCAUAUCCGUUGUUUUUUUACACUCAUUUAAAUACAGGUCACGAAACAACAGGAAGACGAAUAGCUCAUAACGAUUUUGUAUUAGCAAGAUUUCUUGGUCAAGUAGCUCAACUUCAAAACACUAUGACAAUAGUUUUUUCUGAUCAUGGACCAAAAACAUCAAAAUUUUCAAGAGAUUAUUUAGCGGGUAGACAUGAGAUUGGACAAGCAAUGAUGUUUAUGAUUUUACCAGAAAAAAUCAAAGCCGUACUUGGAGAGAAAAGAAUGACCGCUCUAAAAUUAAACCAACAACGUCUUAUUACACACACUGAUUUAUUUCAUACAUUAAUGAACAUUUAUUCAGAACAUCCUUCGCUUCAAUCAGGUCUACUGACUGAAAUAUCUCUUGAACGUUAUUGUAGUGAUAUACCUAUGUACACGUUUAUGUCUUGUUUGUGUGAUGGUUGGAAUGAAAACUUAUCCGACUCUAAUGAUGAAGUUUAUUGGUUAGCUGAAUAUGCGCUAGGAUACUUAAAUAACAUAAUUACAACAUCGUUGAAUAAUACUGCAUAUUUGAACUGUGAAAGGUUAAUAGGAAAACGUUUUGACAAAAUUCGAAAGCGAAAAGACAAUGCCAAUAAUACGGUAUAUACUUUUGAUAUUGUUGUUCACAAAUAUCGUGAUGAAGAACUGUUUGAAGUAUCGGUUACGGCUUUUUCAAAUAAACAUAAUAGCAGUGUAGCUAUCACACGAUGGCAUCGUGUAAGUAUAUAUCAGCAUUUUAGCAAAUGCCGCGAUAAAGAAAUAGAUAUUGAACUUUGCAUUUGCAGAAAAGAAUCUCAAAACGAAUAUAAUGCCGGACGCGAAGUAGCUCGACUUUUAUCAAUUCCGUCAUUUAAAUCUACAACACUAGCGAGGUUCUUAGAUUCAAAAUGUCUAAUUUUACUUACAAGAAAAAAAGAUUUUGUAUUUAUUACUUAUGAGCUAAGCAAUCUUUGCAUUGACAGAAGCUAUAAUGUCACGUUUAAUUUACUUUUUAACAACUUACAAUCCUCGAUGAAAUUGCCACAAACACUUGUAAUACAACCUUGGUUAAUUUAUUACGUUACAACUUUAUCUUUUAUUGGAAAUUCUAGCAGAAAUUAUAUUCAAGACAAUAUAACAUACACUCAGUUACCGACUAACUAUUAUUCUCCCACCCAUCUAACAUCUAAUUUGCAAAAAAAUUAAAGUAAAUAAUUUGGAAUUUUCGGAUUUGAAAACCAUUAAAUUAUCAAUCAAAACAAGAUUUUUCUGUAUACCAUUGUAAGUUUUUUGUAACGACGUUUAGAGACAUUUUUAAACAAAAUUUUGUUGAAACUUAUUUUGUAUUUUCGCAAAAUCCUU